UACGUCGGCGUGGGACAGCGGAGGAACGGUCUGCUCAUGGCACUCAGCUUGCAGCUGGAGGAGAGCUGCAGAGAAGGGAAACAACUGAACAGCGGGGAAUGAGAUUAAUGCACAGGUAAUAAUUGGUCGACCACAGUUGGAUGCAUGAGUUAGGAAUUGAAUUGUCAGAACUUGUAGAUUAGAUUAUUGUAACUAGGUGGGAAUAGAUCUGCAGAGGAGGGAAAGCAAGACAAGAUGUGCUGCGUCUGUGGCGCCACUGGUGCGCUGUCUGGGGACAGAGUGAGCGACGGAGACGCGCUGACACCCCGCUUUUAGAUGGCUCCAACAUUUGGGGUGCAAAACAGGUGUCAGGGAAGUGUCGUCACGAACCCCGGAAGCCGGAGGAGGUGGGAACAUCAGAGGGAAAGAUGGCAGCGAAAUCCGAUGGUCGCGGGGUCGUCACCGGUUUCGCCCAGCUGCACAACUUGGACGAGGUGGUGGGGACGGGAGAGGACGACACUCGGAACGGCAGCUCAUUCCACAUCUGCCAUUGCUGCAACACCUCGUCGUGCUACUGGGGCUGCCGGAGCGCCUGCCUGCAUUACCUCCGGGGGAAGGGGAAGGGGAAGGGGAGAGAUGCGGCGCGGCCACCGCAGGAGGAGCGCCUCUGGCUGGACUGCCUGUGGAUCAUCCUGGCGCUGCUGGUCUUUUUCUGGGACGUGGGGACCGAUUUAUGGCUGGCCAUCGACUAUUACCACAAGCAGGACUUCCUGUGGUCAGGCCUGACCCUGUUCUUCGUGCUGGUGCCCUCGGUUCUGGUCCAGAUCCUGAGCUUCAGGUGGUUUGUGCAGGAUUACACUGGGGGCGGACUGGGCUCCGUGGAGGGGCUGAGUAGUCGAAGAGCAGCCAGUCUGCAAAGAGACAGGUGCUGCCGCCUCUCUGUCUGGGUCUGGCAGACCGUCAUACACAUCUUUCAGAUGGGACAAGUGUGGAGGUACAUCCGCACCAUGUACCUUGGUAUCCAAAGUCACCGGCAGAAGGAGAACCAGCGUCGUUUUUACUGGGCUAUGAUGUACGAGUAUGCCGAUGUCAACAUGCUGCGACUGCUAGAGACCUUCUUAGAAAGCGCCCCUCAGCUGGUGCUGCAGCUCUGCAUCAUGAUCCAGAGCAACAAGGCUGAGUGGCUGCAGUGUGUUUCUGCCAUGUCCUCCCUCCUGUCCCUGGCCUGGGUGCUAGCUUCUUACCACAAACUCCUGCGUGAUUCACGUGACGACAAGAAGAGCAUGAGCUACCGAGGUGCCCUGGUGCAUCUGUUUUGGCGCCUUUUUACCAUCUCCUCACGGGUGCUCUCCCUUGCCCUAUUUGCCUCCGUUUUCCACAUCUACUUUGGCAUUUUUGUGGUGCUCCACUGGUGUGCCAUGGCUUUCUGGGUCAUCCAUGGCGGCACCGACUUCUGCAUGUCCAAGUGGGAGGAGGUACUGUUCAAUAUGGUGGUGGGUGUGGUCUAUGUCUUCUGUUGGUUCAAUGUUCGUGAGGGCCGGACACGGUACAGAAUGGUGGCCUAUUACACAGUAGUACUGUUAGAGAAUGCCAUCCUCAGCUCCCUUUGGUAUGCUUAUCGCGACCCAGCCACCACUGACGCCUAUGCCUCUUUUGCCCUCUGUGGCGUCUUCCUGUGCUUUGCCUCAGGUGUGGCCUGUAUGGUUCUCUAUUACGGGGUUCUACACCCCAUGGGCCCCCGGCUGAGGGUGCUAGCCAGCUCUUGCUGUGCUGAGCUGCUGUGGGGCCUUCCAUUACCCCCAGAGGCUGAGCCCAUGGCACCCACUCCAGGCCCACGUGGCUCUCAGGCCACCCCCACACGGGGCCUGGCAGGGGAACAUGAGGAGUCAGAUGAAACAGCCACAGACACCUGCCUUCCGGUUUUCCAGGUGAGAUCCACAGAGCCUGUGGAUGCAGCUGGCAGGCCCAUCCGGCCUGAGGGUCCUCUCAUCAAGAUAGACAUGCCCAGAAAACGCUACCCAGCCUGGGAUGCACACUUUGUGGAUCGGCGCCUGCGCAGGACCAUAAAUGUGCUGCAGUACAUUAGCCCUAAUGCGGUGGGCAUCAGGUAUAGGGAUGGUCCGCUUCUUUAUGAACUCCUGCAGUACGAAUCCUCCCUCUGAACGCAUCACCCACAGCUCUGUCACCUCCUCUUACACACAACAAUGCACAUGUGUUUCCUUUUUUUUCAUUCUGCUCUUCCUCCUCUCCAGAUAUUAUCUCUUUCCAUCUGACUCAACUCUCUUCUCUUCUCUCCUCUAUGAUCGUUACAUUUUUCUGCAGGAAAUGUGUGUUUUGUCAACCGAAAAUCUGUCAAGACAGUCUAAACACACAGUCAUGAUUUAUUUUUGGAAAAAACAUACGGUGCAGAGAGAAAAUUAUGAACCUACAAUAUCUUAUAUGAUACAUACAGAAGUCUCAUAUGAAUCCCUCUACAUUGAUAGAGCAGGGUUCUGUAUGAGUGUGUAGAUAACAUAUGAAUGUUUCAUUAUGAAAUGUGUUUAAUGCAUUAUACUGUAUUGGUGAUUCAACCUGUGAAUACUUGUGAAGGGCAUAUUGUAUGUCCCUGUGACAUGGGACUGGUGCAAAGCCUGAUGGGAAUGAUGGAGGAGAGUCUCAGAGGGGGUAGGUCUUUGCACAUCCCUACAUUUACUGCCAUUCUUUAUGUAAAAUAUUGAAAUGUAUGAUAAUGUUUACCAAGUCCUUAGCCCGUAAAUUAAAAAGCACUGAAAUUUCUAUCAUCAUACUAUUACAGAAGGACACAAUCAAAGAUGUGUCAAGGAGAAGCAAUUCAAAACGGAUUUUCCCUCUGUAAGCUUACGUGGCUCAAGUGUAUCCUGGCUGUACUAUUUUUGUUCAAAAUCCUAAAUCGUAAUCGCAUCAUGUAUGGAAGAAAAAAGAAGCACACUGACCUUCAAUCAGUUCCACCCACAUAUUAAAUUUUUACGAUGCAGACUGCCCUCCAAUGGAGGCAAGCUGUAACAGCACGCCUUACUUGGUAAUUUCUGCCUGUAGUUGUGACAGCACAAAAUAUUAAGACAAGCACUAGAGUGAAAAAAACACAAUGGAAGGAAUGUAGAAUGGAGUUGAAAUGAGCACAACAUUUUCUAAAUUGGUGGGUAGAAAUCAUAGCAAAAAACAUUCCAAAGACAUUUUUUAAGAAUGUAGGUGUUUAGCGAAAGGUAGAAGGGUACAAAUGUGUGUUAACAUGCACGUUUUGUGCAAAGACAGCCUUCAAGGAGUCCUCCACCAUUCCCUUCUGAAUCCUGGAAAGUACUCCCUUAGCCAACCUUCCUAUUUUGUUUUCUUAUCAACAAAAAUGUUUUAGGUUGAUUAAUAUAUGCGUAUUGGGUGCAAAGACUUGUGAUAAGAAAAAAAUAUGACAAAUCUGAGAAGAUAUUUCUAUGCUAUUAUACUUCAGUGCGUAUUUGUGUCCACAUUUAUAGUCAUUGACAUAACUAUAUUUUGCCAGAACACACACUUUUUUACAUAACAAAAAAUGUUGUGCAGUGCAGUGUUGAAAGGUAUACUCCUCAACAUCAGUGUGCCCUCAAAGAGGUUAUACUCUUACAUGGGUGUACAGGGCAACUGUUCUGGCACCUGCUAGCGUAGUUGAAACAAAGCCAAAUCGCACCUUACAGUACUGUCUUUCCAACUUAUCUGCCCCCUUGAACCAGUAGAAUGAGCCCUCGCAAAAUGUGUGCCAUCUAUAGGCCUGCUGUCCAGCAAUUAUACACUGAAAUACAUCUCCCAGCUGAACAUGCGGGAGCUCUCCACUACAUAUAUAGACAGCUGUAUUCACUCAUGAUAAAAGGAAAAGAAAAUUUAAAAAAAACAUGCCUUCUAUGUCAAAGGAGCUUGACUAAAAUUUCCAGUGAGGGCUACUGAACAAUUUAUGAGAACAAUGAAUGCAUUUCAUACUCCAAUUUUAUCUAUUUACUCAAAUGAUUCAUCUGAAUAUAUAAUGUGUGUUUUUUUUACAUAGCAGAGUUUGGCAUGACUUUAGUAUGAGGCAUUAUUACAAAUGCACCCAACAAGCGAUGGCCAAGAGCCCUACACAAAACAGAGAUUCCUUUCUGCUGGCUUGCUGGCUUUCUGCUUAGCUGUGGGCACACGUGCCUGCUAACAUCGUACUGUAAAAGGCAGAUGCCAUGUAAGUCCAGGCCAAAGGUGGGAGGGGGUUUUUGCCAGGGUUGGAAAAGAACAUGAGGACAGAUGUGCUAAAGGGCCUGACUGGAGUAUGGUGGAUGAUUCCUUGUAUGCCUGUGUGAGAAAGAUGAGAUGUUUACCUCUCAGCAUGUACUGUACAACCUACAGUAUGCAUUAUAGGAUCUAAGUAUGCUCACAUGGUGGUGUGUACGCACGCUUGUGUGUGUGUCUCCUCAGCCCUUUCCCACAGUUCUGUUGUCUCACCAAAUGUUCGGCUCCACCCUUGGUUGCUGCUCCGCCCUCUUACCCCAUCUCUGCGGUGCUGGGCCUUGGUACCCUCCAGUGAAACACUCUCACACUCUCUGGUAACUGAACAAAGGGGUUGAGGCUGAACAACUGGAGAUCCUGACAUGAGAACAUGCAAUGAGGUACACUGCCAUAACCAAGAGCUUCAACAUCCAGGGUCUGCCACCCUUCAGCUUAAAAGCGAUGUUCAGCCCUGAGUAAUUGAGAACUGUUUGGUCAGCUAGGGUGGAGCAAACAUCCAACACACCAUAUGUAUAGAAAUACACGAGUAUGCAAACAACCAACUUGUUCAUUGUUUACCAUAGUAGCCAGAGUAGUUCCUCUCUGUUGUAGUGAAUGAACAGCCAUGUUAAUAGUUAGUCAAUGAAUGAAUAAUGAAUUAUAAGUAUUGUUAAACUUUAAAAAAAACACUAAGCAAAACAGCCAAUACAGGGGUUCCUCAGGACCAACAAACAAGACCACUUAACCAGCUGACUCAGGGGUGUCUCAAUGCAGUUCUCAUUCCCAGGCAUGUCCUCAAGGGUCUCCAUUUUUUCCUGAACAUAUUGCAUCCUAGACCACUCCUCGGCUGGGACUGUACCACAAAAUUACAGUUUGCAUAUUUUGUUUUCUUGGUAAUGAUUACUCAUUCGUAUUAUUGGGGGGGGGGGCAUUUUUUGUGGUAGUUGGCUGCCUGGCGUACGGUGCAUCCUUUCUAAACACAGCUGACCUUUUCCAGACGUGGACACGUGUGUCCAAAUCAGGUGCAAAUACACUGUGAUUCAAUCAUUUUUGUGUGUGUGUGGGAGACGACAGUAUUAUAUACCAUUAUAGACAAGAUUAUGUAAAACUGGGCUGCAUUUCCUCUAGUGGUACUUCAUGUCGGAAAAGGCAGAGUAUUUAUGCUUGCUUAACUGUGUCAUUAGGAUAGCAGAAAUGAAAGUUAAUUAAACUAAUUGGUUUUAACGUCUACAAAGAGUCUAUAUGUACAAAUCUGGAUUUUUUUAUGAAACAUGCAGUAUAUUUUAAGUAUUUCUACAGAACAAUCACCAUUUUUCCACUUUCUGUAUCUAGUGAAAAUGAUUAGCUAGAGGCUGGUUAGUUGGUGGGUUUUAGUUUUUAUAUAUUUUUCUUUAAAUUAUACACAAGUUUCAAGAGUUACAGUGUAGUAUUCAGGCUGCCACGCUUCAUACCAUAAACAAGGUCACAAAGAAAUCCCCAUACAGAGAAUUGUUUCUGUCAGGUUACCUGCCCAAUGCCACAUCCCUCAACAGCCACAACACACAGCAAGAGCGUAUGAACAGCAAGCUUGCUCUUCUCAGUCCUUGUUGUGCCUUGUUACUUUGGGUGCUUUAAUCCAGCCAUGGCAGCCAGGUCCGCAAACAACAAUGCCAAUGUCUUUCUUUACUUGUUUCAUGUGCCAGCACACUCACCAAGAUGAUGACAACACCAAACAAUAUUCUCCCUGUCUCCCCAAAGCCAGAUCAAGCUAAUUUCACUAUUCUGUCAGCUCACACCUCAGUCGGCAGUUCUACUUAGUCUUACAGUUUCAUCCAAGUUGUCAUCUACAGUGUUACAACUAAACUUCACAGUGUGACAGAACUAAGAUGUGGGUACUGUGUUAAACCCAGUUAUUGGUUCUGUCAAAGACAUAGGAGAAAAAGUAAGGCAAUACUGAACAUCUUCCAUACUUGAACGUAGGUUUCUUCAUCUUUAUAACGUUCGAGUAAGCUGAAUCACAUCAGCCCCAGUUGAUUCAACAAGCUUCAAUUAGCUGUUUGGACUGAGCUCAGAAGUGUUAGUUUUGGACUGUUUGAUGGGUAGUCUUAACAGAUGCCAGCCACGAUACCGAACGAUGUGGCCAAUGAUUGUUUUGUACUUUUGUCUAUGCCUUUACAUCUUCUUCUGUCUUGCAAUGAUGAAUGAUUUGUAGUGCCAAGACGUAAACUUUUCUGUGUGUUUGUCUCGUGUGAACAAUACAUCCUCUAGCCAAAACAAUAAUGCCUGCAGUUGGAAUAAAACAUGGAAGAUGUCAGUGUUGACAAAAUGCGCAAAAUAAAAAAACACUUAUGUUGCAUUUUCUACAACGGAAUGAUGAAACAGGCCCAAUCACUGAAUCACUUUUGAAUAUCCUCAUUUCCUGGUUUCCCACCACCUCCCAGCAUGCCUUUAGAAGUCAUUGUGAGGUGACCCGCAACAUUUAGCAUGUAAGUGCUCUCGAAUGCACAACAAACCCUCUGAUUUCUGCAUUAAUGUGUAGCAGCAGGCCAUUGUAGUGUUUAACUUGGUUUAGUCUGUACCUUUGUGUCAUGACCAUCUGUUUGACCACUGGAGCAGUAUGUUCAGAUGAUAAAACGGUGCAUUUUCUUCUUUUACUUUUUCUUCUUCUUUGAUUUUUGUUAAUAACCUGGUGCUGAAUAAAUACAUUUGAAAAGGUGCUACCAUUGUAGACUCCAGAGUCUACUUUUUGGCUUUCUGAAAGCAUAGCCUUCCGGUUGACUGAGAGGGCCUGCGCCCCAUAAACUUGCAGUCUCAAAAUGCUCGAGAGCUAGCACCUCAAAUCCACACCGUUUACAGCAGGACUCAACUCUCAAUGGUGCCAUUUUAAUUUUCCGAUCUGCACAAAAAACAACAGUUACUCUACUGUUCAUACAAUGUUUAUUAUACUGGUUUCAGCAUACAGUAUGUUUUUGUUUUACUAUGAUUCAAACUGCACUAGGAUUUUUUUUCUUUCUUUUCUCUGAGAGAAUCAAACUGGUAGAUGACAAAAUGCAUCUUUUUAGCAAAUGCACAGGUGCACAAAUGUACUUCUGCUACUGGAAUUGGGGUUAAAAAAAUAUAUAGAUCGUGAUUGCUGUGUUGUAAAUUCCUGUCAUCUAUAUGUCCUUAAUAUGUGUAUCUAUUUUUGUUGUUAUUGUAGAAUUGGCUGUAAUAUUUUGUUUAAAAAUGGAUUUGAUAUUCCAAUGAAGCGACUAUGGUUGUCAUAUUAAUUGCUGCUGAUUUUUGAAAUUGUUAUCAAAGGUGUUGGGAAAUAUUGCUUUGUUUAUAUUCAAUUCAAUUUCUAGAUUGUGUUAGCUUGUUGGUGUAUUUCACAAAUCUAUCAGGAUACUCCCUAGACUAUAUGAUUUAUCCGGGGUAUUCCAAAAGUUGGCACAAUGUGAGCAAGCAAAUUUGCUACAGUAUGUAGCAUCUUUAUGAAAGUGUACUCAUACAACCAAUGUUGUGACUGAGAACAUAUAAAGAAUGAUUUCUUUGUUGUUGUUAAGUAUAAAAUGUAAGUAAAUUGUUUAAUGGAAUCCCCGUUCUUUAAAAAAGCAAAACUGAUGUCCUAUUUUUGGGAACAAUAUAAAUAUUAUUAAUAACAUAUGGUGCUAAAGUUCUUUUUGUAUGUUUUGGUUUUUAGAUGAAAAGAGAAAUAUUAUGCUGAAAAUGUAAUGUUAAGCCUUACUGUAGAUUCAUAUAUCAGACUGUUCAUCCCAGAAGAGAAAAAUAAAUAUAGUAUUUGAAAGUGCAA